CAUUCUUUGUCCCCACUUUGGUUUAAACCCAUUGUCAUCACUCGCCUAAAACCAACCAGCCAUCCAGGACUCUCCCUUGCUUCUGCGUCAGGCAGUGUUUGAAGAAGAGGUGCAGAGAGAAACGUAGGCAGGGAAAGAGGCAGUACUUGUGUGCAUGCCUUAGAGCUGAUUUUGCUGGAAGAGUCAGAAGCACAGGCAGAUCAGAUCAAGACCUCUCAUCUGAAAUACAUGAAAUAACUGAGAAGAACCAUCACUUGAAACAUUUGACUUGGUGGUAUUUGGGUGCCUUGGAUAAAGAUUCUUCUUCUAAGGCACAUCCUCACGUUUAGAAACAACUCGGGGCUAUAGAAAAAGUAGUUAACCUAAGAUUCAGCAUUCUUCAGGCAAAAAAGUCAUUUACUAGAACAGAAGAAACCUGAGGGUUGAACUUUAUAUAACAUUGUAUACUAUUGCUUUAUAACUCCAGCAAGCAUCCCUUAAACACUGUAAACCUCCAAGGCAGAACACUUAGGUACAUUAUAUAAAUACUGUAAGCAAGAGAAGAGUUUUCACAGUCAUCCCAGAGGACACGUAAACAGUGCAAAACAGCCAUAAAUUAACUGCAAAGGAAACACUGAAUACUCCCGCAAGUCGAAGAUGUCACGCUGGGGACGCAAGAAUGUCAAGAAGGCCCCUGAGGUGAUCAGGACAGUGACAGAGGGCCUCAAAUCACUCUAUCGAAAGAAACUCCUUCCCCUGGAGCAGUACUACUGCUUCCAUGACUUCCACUCACCGAGUCUGGAGGACGCCGACUUUGACAACAAACCCAUGGUGCUAGUGGUUGGGCAGUACUCCACAGGAAAGACUACCUUCAUCAAGUAUCUGCUGGAACAGGAUGUCCCUGGGAGUCGUAUAGGGCCGGAGCCCACCACCGACUGCUUCACUGCUAUCAUGCACGGAGACAUGGAGGGAAUCAUUCCUGGAAACGCCCUCAUAGUGGAUCCCAACAAACCCUUCCGCAAUCUCAACCCCUUCGGAAACACUUUCCUCAACAGAUUCCAGUGUGCUCAGAUGCCCAACCAGGUCCUGGAGAGCAUCAGCAUAAUUGACACCCCAGGCAUUCUCUCCGGAGCGAAGCAGAGAGUGAGUCGAGGAUAUGACUUCCCAGCAGUUCUCCGCUGGUUUGCUGAACGUGUGGACCGGAUCAUCCUUCUCUUUGAUGCCCACAAGUUAGAGAUCUCCGAUGAAUUCUCAGAGGCUAUCGGGGCCCUCAAGGGGAAUGAAGACAAACUUCGUGUUGUGCUGAACAAGGCUGAUAUGGUUGACACCCAGCAGCUCAUGCGGGUGUAUGGAGCUUUAAUGUGGUCUCUGGGGAAAGUGUUUGGUACUCCUGAGGUUCUGAGAGUGUACAUUGGGUCCUUCUGGUCUGAACCUCUUAUGGUGUCCGACAACCGCAAGCUGUUUGAGUUGGAGGAGGAAGAUCUGUUUACUGAUAUCCAGAAUCUGCCACGCAAUGCAGCCCUACGCAAACUUAAUGACUUGGUCAAGAGGGCACGUCUUGUGAGGGUGCAUGCCCAUAUCAUCAGUUACUUGAAGCAAGAGAUGCCGUCUGUCUUCAGGAAGGACAAUAAGAAGAAAAACCUGAUCUACCAACUCCCGGUUAUCUUCUCCAAGAUUCAGCUACAGCACCAUAUCUCUCCUGGAGACUUCCCUGAUUGUGCCAAGAUGCAGGAGCAACUAAUGGCACAUGACUUUACCAAGUUCAAAGCCCUGAAGCCAAACCUAGUGGCUAUGCUGGAUGAGUUGUUGUCUGCCGACAUUGCCAAACUCAUGCCCCUUCUUAGGCAGGAAGAAAUAGAGGCUGGAGUCCAACUUGGGGUCCAAGGUGGGGCCUUCAUGGGAACCCGUGCCGGACCCUUUGUGGAAGGUGACCCCUUUGCCGAGACUGCGGAUGAAAAUGGUGAAGUGGGUGAGGAAGAUGAGGAAUGGGUGGUGACAAAGGACAAGCCAAAGUAUGAUGAGAUCUUCUACAACCUAGCACCAAAUGAAGGCAAACUAAGUGGCACCAAAGCCAAAGAUUGGAUGGUGAGCACACGGCUGCCCAACUCUGUGCUGGGCCGCAUCUGGAAGCUCUCGGAUGUGGAUCGUGACGGCAUGCUGGAUGACGAGGAGUUUGCCCUGGCCAGCCACCUGAUUGAAGUGAAACUGGACGGUCAUGGGCUGCCCCCUGAGCUGCCUGCACGUCUCGUACCACCAUCCAAACGUCGGCAAAAAGGCUCUGAUGCUUAGACAAUGCACCUACAUGGCUUCCACUGAUCCUUGUCCGCACUUCCUGCAUGUUGUCCAGCUCCACAGCAGCUGCAGUGCAUCUCCGUUCACUGUAUUUUGGUGCCAUUUUGUACUUUGGUCAUUUUGUAACAUGCAAUUAAUGUGUUAAUUUGAAUUCUUGGUUCAAAUGCAACAAUUCAGAGAUUCCCAGCUGGAAGCCAAAGAACACUGUGAUAAACCAAAGACUGGUCUCAGUCAUUUGAAAGGAAUGUUGCAUCUGUCACCAUUCUUUUCCUGACGUUAAUAUCAUAUGACAUCACAUCCAGAAAUGCUACACACAUGUCUUAUAAUGGCUCCUGAACUAAGGGAUAGCAAACAAACUCUUGUAGUUAAGACAUUCAUUUUCAUCAUUUAUUUUAGAAAUCUGUAGACUUGGCUUUGCACACUUUUCCAUGUGGCUUUUAAUGUAGUCAGCUAAAUCAGAAUGUGAAGUCAAGCACUUAAAACUCAAUCUCCUUUGACAGCAGACCCGAGGAGGCAAGUGAAAACCUUUCUGAGACUUUGUUUUGGAACAUGUAAAUCAGUUUACUUGCAUGUUGUUGUCUUUGCUUUUAAAAUCAAAAAAGAGAUAAUCUUUACAUGUGAUCAGUUUUUUUUUUUUUUUAAUGAGCUUUAUUCAUACUAUGAAUGAAUAACACAAAAUAUAUAUAAAAUCAGUGUCAUAUAUGUUAAAGCAAAAAGAAAAAAAGGUUUUAUGGAGAUUUCUUACUGACUACUGUAAACAGUUCCACUGUCUGCUUCAAUUGACCAAUGUUUUCACAGUAAAUAUAUUGAGCUGAAUAAAGAUCCUUUGACUUGUA